AUGUCUCUUAACGAAGUCUGGGAGGCAGCCUCCGCUACACCUUUCACCCCUCUCGUCAACAAGGACUCCCAGUUCUCCGUGGGCUUCAACUUGCUCCUUAUCGCACUGGUUACGACUACACUCUUCGGCCUGAACCGGUCUUUCCUCAACAUCGUAUCCUUGGGCGUCCCGGCCUCAUUAGCAUUUGGCUUUGGAGCUGUGUUCAUGAUCUGUGCCGUCGGAGUUUACGUCUAA